GGCACCCCCCGGGGCCGUGCGGGGGGGGGGAGGGGCACCCACGGGGCUGGGAGGUCCCAGUGGGGCGGGAACUGGUCCCAGUUGAGGCUUCCAGUGGGGCAGGAACUGGUUCCCAGUGGGGUCAGUGGGGCAGGAACUGGUUCCCAGUGGGGUUAUGGGGCAGGAACUGGUUCCCAGUGGGGUUAUGGGGCAGGAACUGGUUCCCAGUGGGGUCAGUGGGGUGGGAACUGGUUCCCAGUGGGGUCAGUGGGGCAGGAACUGGUUCCCAGUGGGGUUAUGGGGCAGGAACUGGUUCCCAGUGGGGUUAUGGGGCAGGAACUGGUUCCCAGUAGGGUUAUGGGGCAGGAACUGGUUCCCAGUGGGGUUAUGGGGCAGGAACUGGUUCCCAGUGGGGUCAGUGGGGCAGGAACUGGUUCCCAGUGGGGUCAGUGGGGCAGGAACUGGUUCCCAGUGGGGUUAUGGGGCAGGAACUGGUUCCCAGUGGGGUCAGUGGGGCAGGAACUGGUUCCCAGUGGGGUCAGUGGGGCAGGAACUGGUUCCCAGUGGGGUCAGUGGGGUGGGAACUGGUUCCCAGUGGGGUCAGUGGGGCAGGAACUGGUUCCCAGUGGGGUUAUGGGGCAGGAACUGGUUCCCAGUGGGGUCAGUGGGGCAGGAACUGGUUCCCAGUGGGGUCAGUGGGGCGGGAACUGGUUCCCAGUGGGGUCAGUGGGGCAGGAACUGGUUCCCAGUGGGGUCAGUGGGGCAGGAACUGGUUCCCAGUGGGGUUAUGGGGCAGGAACUGGUUCCCAGUGGGGUCAGUGGGGCAGGAACUGGUUCCCAGUGGGGUCAGUGGGGCAGGAACUGGUUCCCAGUGGGGUCAGUGGGGCAGGAACUGGUUCCCUGUGGGGUUAUGGGGCAGGAACUGGUUCCCAGUGGGGUCAUGGGGCAGGAACUGGUUCCCAGUGGGGUCAGUGGGGCAGGAACUGGUUCCCAGUGGGGUUAUGGGGCAGGAACUGGUUCCCAGUGGGGUCAGUGGGGCGGGAACUGGUUCCCAGUGGGGUCAGUGGGGCAGGAACUGGUUCCCAGUGGGGUUGGUGGCCAUGGGGGGGUGGCCAUGGAGGGGGGGUCGGUGGCCAUGGAGAGGAGUCAGUGGCCAUGA